UAUAGGGAGCAUGCGCGGUGGAGCUUGUGAUGGCAGUCGAGUGCAUGGUGAGAAGGUUAACGUUAGCUUCACGGUUAAUGUGAAGUUCUACUAAAGUUUCGUUUAUUUUAGAGGGUUUUGGUGUGACUGCCCUCAGUGUGUGCUUCAGUCCAAACUUCAGACUCAGUCACUAGUGAGUGUGUCACAUGGCGGGUCUGUCGAACUACGCGAUGCGUAUGGCCAGGCUCAGCGCACAGAUCUUUGGCGGAGUUGUACGUACGACAGACACCAAGUCCAUGAAAGUAGUCAAACUCUUUCAGGAGACUCCCCUGGCCAAGAGGAAGGAGGUGUACGACUGGUAUCCACAGCACAAGAUCUACUACGCCAUGACCCAGAAACUCCGCUUCAUGGGCCUGUUCAGAGAUGAACAUGAAGACUUUAAGGAGGAGAUGCGUCGACUGAGGAAACUCCGAGGAAAAGGCAAACCAAAAAAAGGAGAAGGAAAAAGAGCAACCAAGAAAAAAUGAGCUGCCACAUUUCUACUGCUGCUGCUCCGUCACAAGCGCUGUCUGUCUGUGUGGAAGUGGAUAGCAUCGGACUGUGGACGCUGUCACUUCAUGUGCAGUUUGUUUAAAGCAGUCAGGACUGAUGAUCGCAGGAGCAGAAAGGAACAUCCAGCUGCUUUGUCUGAAGUUCUUUUAUGUUGGCAAAUGUUUUGGACUGAAAUACAUUCUUUUGUUGUAUGUUGUCACAUUUUGAAAUAAAGAUGCGGGAGAUGAAUUCCAAAGUUAUCUUCUA